AUGGGAACUGCACAUACAAGACAGAUGAGCACUAAGGCUGCCAACAACCUUGCCAAGGUCACCUUUGUACUUGGUGGCCCAGGAUGCGGCAAAGGUACUCAGUGCCAGCUCUUAGUCGAGAGAGAUCAGUUCGUUCACCUUUCUGCAGGUGACUUGUUGAGAGAGGAACAAGCAACAGAUUCAGAGGACUCGAAGCUAAUCAAUGAUCAUAUCAAGGAAGGAAAGAUCGUCCCUGUCGAGAUCACUUGUAGAUUGUUGCUCAAGGCAAUGCAGAAGAUCGGGAUGAAUAAAAGAUUCUUAAUCGACGGUUUCCCAAGGAACGAGGAUAACCUUUUUGGGUGGCAAAAAGAGAUGGAAGACUUUGCUAAUGUAGACCAAGUUAUCUUCUUCGAACUUUCAGAAGAGGAUAUGCUUAAAAGGAUCAUGCAUAGAGCUAAGACUAGCGGAAGAGCAGAUGAUAAUGUAGAAGCUGCUCAAAAGAGAUUUACUACUUUCAACACCGAGACAAUGAAAGUGAUAGAUCAUUUCGAUGAAAAGAACAUUGUCCAUAAGAUAGACGCGACCGGAGACAUCGAAGAAGUAUACACUGACCUUAAAGAAGGUUUGAUUCUUUAA